UUCCUUAUCGCGCAAGAAGCUUUUCUUGGACGCGGGUUUGGACACAGCGGACACGCUGGACGCGGAGCAGGAUCCACGCAGGAGGCACAAACCGGACACCGUGUUCUUCGUUUGCGGCUUUAACACGAUGGAGCCAGCCUUCGGUGAGGUGAACCAACUCGGCGGUGUUUUCGUGAACGGCAGGCCGCUGCCAAACGCGAUCCGGCUCAGGAUAGUAGAGCUGGCCCAGCUCGGGAUUCGACCCUGUGACAUCAGCAGGCAGCUACGCGUCUCCCAUGGCUGCGUCAGCAAGAUCCUGGCCCGCUACAACGAGACCGGCUCCAUCCUCCCGGGGGCCAUCGGGGGCAGCAAGCCGCGGGUCACCACGCCCACGGUGGUCAAGCACAUACGGACAUACAAGCAGAGAGACCCGGGGAUUUUUGCCUGGGAGAUCCGGGACAGGCUACUCGCCGACGGGGUUUGCGAUAAAUUCAACCUCCCCUCCGUCAGCUCCAUCAGUCGGAUCCUCCGAAACAAGAUCGGGAAUCUGUCCCAGCAGAGUCAAUAUGAGUCGGGCAAGCAGGCACCUCACCACCCGCCCCAACCAACGAUACCCUACAACCACUUGUACUCAUACCCGACGUCCAAAGUGCCAACUCCCCCUGGCAUGCCCACCAUUCCUGGACACAUGGCCAUGCACAGGAUAUGGCCCUCCUCGCACUCUGUGACAGAUAUUCUGGGGAUACGGUCUAUUACAGAGCAACAAAACGCUGAAUGGCUUGCCCACAGUGAGCAGCUAUGCCACAGCACCCAGCAUCCCUCCCUACCACCCUCCCACCACCCGAGUGUCACCCUGCACGGGGUACAGCGCCACCACGUCGGCCUGUGCGACCGGUCCCACAUGGCAGCCGGUCAGUGGCAGUGCUCCAUCUCCCCACAACUGUGACGUCGACACAUCUCUGGCCUUCAGGAGCGCGGCGGCCAACCGUGACGCCCGUCGACCCCGUCCACCGGGUCGGCACCGUGAAGUCAGACU